AGCUCUGCCGUUUUUAGGCACUGGGCCAGGGCAGUGGGAGCAGCCGCUGUUUCUGCAGAAGCAAAGCGUGGAUGUUUCCCUGCCCCGGGCACUGAAAUAUGGCUGAUGUGGGCACGAGGCUCUGGCUGCUCCCGGUGACCCUCGGGCUGCUGGCUCUGCUCACAGGUGGGACCUCAGCAGAGAAGGACAACACCAGGAACAACACAGGUGACAGGUGUCCCCCGGUGCACCAGAACCCGCGGUACGUGGCCAUCAGGAAGAACAUGCCCGUCCACUUCAUCUGCUACUCCCAGGAGCCCCAGACCAUGAAGUGGUACAAGACAGCAGAGGACAGGAAUGACUUCUCUGUGCUGGAUCAGAGCACGCCCAGCUACAGCAUCGAGAGGACAAACAGCUCCAUCAACCUCACCCUCUUCAGGGCCACCUACGAGGACAACGGGAUCUACGUGUGUGACAGGAAGGACCUGGAGAAGAAGGAGGAGCUGCACUCAUGUGGGACAGAGCUGCGGGUCAUGGGUACCAGCAGCAUCAAGCAGGUCCAGAACAGGAACACGCUGAAAGACGCCAUCAUCAUCAUCCAGUCCAUCCUGCUCAUCAUCUUCAUCAGCAUCCCCAUCCUCAUCUUCCUAGAUAAGGGUGAAGAGAAGAAAAGCCCGGAGGAGGACCACACCUAUGAGGGGCUGGAGGUGGAGCAGAUGGCCACCUACGAGGACAUCACUCCUUUCCGGGACGUGAAGGCCAAGUGGACAGUGGGGGAGCACCCAGGUGAAGAGUGAGGGGUCCUGCGCCCUCUGCCAGGCCCUGCCAGCACCCUGCCAGCCCCCGUGGGGACGGAUCCCCCGGAGCACGGCUCUGCCUGGAUCCCGGGCUGCUGUCCCAGGCUGCCAACACCUGCACAGCCCAGCUCAGGGCUGGGACCCUGCUGCCCUGGGGCGCUCACGUGUCCGGGCUGUGUACCCGAGGCUGCCCCGCCCCGGCUGUCGCUGUCCCUGCCCCGCUGACCAACCCCUAAACCUCUGUAGCAAUUAGGAGCCACCUGUGAUCCCCCCAGUAGCGAGCUGGUCCCACAGCCUGAGCAGCCCCACGCCCAGCACUGAGCUCCAGCCUGGUCAAUGCCAUGGAAGGACUGGGAAUGAGGGGUCUCCUCCAAGCCCACCACCCCGGGAAGGACAGGACCAGGCACUGCAAGGACGCUGCCAGCAGCACCGUGUGGGUGUUGUGAGAAGCGGAUUUGGGGCCACUCUUCAGCUGUCAAAGCCACGGAUGUGUACACAGGCCCAGCUGGCAGAGGUGGAGGUGGAGGAUCCUCCAAAAGCACCUCUUUUUCUCCAAAGACUACGGAAAAGCUGGGGAGAAAGGUCUCGCCCAAAGGCUUGCUGCUCCCCAGGCAAGAGCUGGCCCCUGUCACAAGGUCACCCCAUGGUGAGGGACACUGUGGCCUCAGAACAUCGGGGAAAGUUGGAAAUUGUGGGACACAAACCUCCAACUGCUUUCGAAGCCCUAAUAAAGGUAAUGGGUAAAUCCUCAUCCUGCUCCAUCCUGCCAUGCCCCUUCCAGGGGUGUCCCAUAACCCUGGUGCUGAUUUCUUGGGAAUGACGAGCAGCUUUUAGAGGGUCCAGCUCAGCUAGAAACCAAACUUCACCCCUUCAAACUUCCCCCUGAGGGCGGGCAAGGAUGGAAAACCAAGAGCAGACAUGAGGCUCCUGAGGGGGACCUCCACAGUCCCAAAACAUCAGCUUGGGAUGAGACAAUCACCAGGAUCCAAAGCAGGAGAAUGAGGCCCAGGGCCAGCAGCUCCACUCUCAGCUACAUCUGGUCUCGAAGGAGAAGCUCAAAAACAUCUGGAGACUGGGUUUGUAAUUAAAUUAUCUUGGUGUGGCAGCAGCAGCUGAGGGUGGUGGGCUCGGGGCCAGCUGGGCACCCAAACCAGGGCUGGGGGGGCACAGUGGGGUUGGGGGCUUGGCUGGACAAAGGUGACAAGGGCAUUGUGGCUAAACUGUCCCCUCUCAGAGAGCCCAAGGCUUCUGUGCCCUGAUGGUUCAUGACAUUUUGGGCUCCAAGCAGCUCCUGCAACUGCUCUGCCCCACAAAAACAGCCAGAGAAGGGUAAAAUUCUAAGCAAAAAGGGCUUUUCAGAAGUAACAGGAUGGUUCUUGUUUACCUUGGUGGAAAACUGGGAUUCAGUUUAAACUGCACAAAACCAGCAUUUUAAAAUUGAUUUUUACUAGUUCAAUAAAACUACCCCAAAUUAGUUCUGCCACAUAUAUAUAUAAGUAAUUCAGGCAUAUUUUACUUAUAAAAUUGGUUAAUUAAAAAAAGGAGCAUUCACACAGAGAGAAAAGAACUGGCUGUUCCUGGUUUCCACGUUUGCCAAGAUUUUAAGACUAGCAGAGCUCAUCCCUGCAUUCCUUGUUUUCAGUUUCCAAAUGGAAGAGGGAAAUUUUUUCUGGCCUUCCCAGCUCCCAACAGACUCCUCAGAUCUGUGUAAACAGCUCACUUAAGUGACUGAACAGAAUGAUACAAAAAAUAGAGAAAAUUUGCUGUUUGCACCUGGUGAGGAACCCCUGGUGUCAAAAGCAGUUUUGGUGAACCCAGUCCUGCUUUGCUGCUCCCUCAGCCCAGGGCUUUGGCUUCCUUUAAAAUGCCAGAAGUAAAUAAAUAUUUCUGUACUGUUGUUGGUUUAUUUGAAAUGCUUGGAGUAGUUUCUAAGCAGCCUGGAGAUGGGGUUUGGUCUCAUUCUAUACUGAGAGUGGCCUGUGUUUAAAACACAUUUAAUGUAAAUAAAUAUACCAAGAUUUACA